GUAUAUAAUUCUGUUAUAUUCAUACAUGCUUAUGCACAAAAACUUAUAAUAAAAAAUUGUUUACAAGGAAGAACUUGCUCAUUUACAAUUAUAUCUAAUUAUGUAGGACUAUACACUAACUGUAUACAUAAUUAGAUAGAAUUAUAAAUCAGUAAAUUGUUUACUUAAAAAAUGUUUUCAUAUAAAUUCAUGGAAUUAGAUUAUAUUGGGAUAGGUUAAAUUUUCUGACAUUUACGAUUAAGUCGUGUUCUUAAGCACGGUCUUAGUCAAGGCGUUCUCAAGACGAAUUUAUGUAUGUGAAGUUAACUUGAGACGGUUUUCGGUCUUAAGAACGUCUCGACAAAGAUCGUGCUUGAAACGUGCUUGAGACGAGCUCGAACGAUUGCCUGUCAAUAAUUUUUUGGAUGUUAACCUCUAUAAUUAAUGAUAUCGUUUUAAGAAGCCAUGUUCUUUCAAAGAAAAUAAAAAAACAUGGCUUGUUAAAAUGACACCAUUAAUUCCAAGACAAUACAUAUACAUAUGUAUGUAUAUAUAUCUCGUCUUGCAAUUUAUAUGGGGCCCUAUUCUUCAAGUGUGGUACAGGAGAACCGUUUAAGGGCUGCCUCGGCGAAGUGCGUAUCGGCAGCAUGUUGUUACACUACUUCACGUACGAGGAGGUUUAUCAGAACGCAAAUUUCACUCCGUUGGAGUUCCUGGAGUAGCAGGGUAACGAUAACGCCACUCAUCGCGACAGUAUUGGCUGCCAACUAUGCUUCAACACGGACUGCAAGAACGACGGUUAUUGCUUCGACAAGACCAACAGCUAUAACGUGUACGAAUGUCCUGCGGGUUACGCCGAGGACGACUGCUCUUUUAACAUUGACGAAUGCGUCGACAACAAAUGUCAGAACGGUGCGACUUGCGUCGACGGUAUCGCGAAUUACACCUGCGUGUGCAAGAACGGCUGACAGGGAUGGUUGUGCGAUAGCGACAUCAACGAGUGCGUAACGCUGAGUCCGUGUCAACACGAUGGCGUAUGCGUGAACCUGCCAGGCUUGUU